AUGGAGACUAAUGUCGCCUCCGGACGUCCGGAAAGACUCCGAGAGAGGCUUUGGAACCAGGCGUACGACGGACUCAAAGCGGACGAACCGGGAAUAGUCGAUGCGUUCGAGAAGCUGCUUUCGACCGAACUCCAGAAUAAUAACCGUGAUACCCCUCCGAGGGCAAACAUCAUCGCCUCCACCGCUGACGAAAGACGCCCUCAGAUGGAGAGCCUCGUCCAGGUCGGGCUGGACAGGACGGCCAAGGAGGUCGCCAUCAAGCAGAAGGUCAACGUCGGGAUCCAGGCGGUUAGCAUGGUAAAGGGAGCCAUGGACAAGGCGGUUCAGGCCGCACCGCAAGCCGCUAUUGCCUGGGUCGGCGUAUGCUUCGUCCUUGAGGUCCUCUCGAACCCGCUCACUGAGCCAGGUAUCAAUCGCGAGGGUGUCACCUACGUCGUGUCGAGGAUGGACUGGUACUGGAAUCUGGUCGACCUCCUACUCGAUAAAGGUGCUAGCCCACCGUUAGCAGAGCUGCGAGACCAGCUCGAGAAGCACAUCAUCCAACUGUACCAGAAGCUUCUUCUCUACCAGAUGAAGAGUGUCUGCCUUUACCACCGGAGCCGCGUUGCUGCCUUCUUCAGAGACGUGAUCAAGCUCGACAAUUGGCGCGGCCAGCUCGAUGACAUCAAAGCAGCCGAGGCGGACGUCCAACGCGACUCAGGGCAGUACAGCUCACUGCAGGCCCGGACUCAUCUUCAAGACAUCGCCUCUACCAUUCGCCGCCAGCAACAGGUCCAUUACGACGAGGAGGACAAGAAAUGCCUGGACGACCUUUACGAAACAGACCCUAGCCAUGAUAAAACGCGCAUCGAGGACACUAAGGGCGGCCUCCUUCGAGGCUCGUACGCCUGGAUCCUGGAAAAUCUUGACUUCAAGCAGUGGAGAGCGGAUACUGAGAGCAGACUUUUCUGGAUCAAGGGAGACCCUGGAAAGGGUAAGACGAUGCUCUUGUGCGGAAUUAUCGACGAGCUAGAUAAGGACCCCUUACACCGACCGUCCUACUUCUUCUGCCAGGCCACGGAGCAGAGGCUGAACAACGCGACUGCUGUGCUGCGCGGCCUGGUUUACAGCCUCGCCCGCCGUCAUCCGUCACUUAUAUCGCACGUUCGCAAAGAAUACGACGGAGGCGGCGGCAAGCAGCGCUUCGAGGGCAAGAAUGCCUGGCAAGUCAUGGACAGGAUUCUCAUGGCCAUGCUGAAGGACCCAAUCCUGGGUAGUGCAGUUCUGAUCGUCGACGCCCUCGACGAGUGCGACGCCGGUCGAACACAGCUUCUGGAUUUCAUCAUACGCGCGUCCGCCAUCUCCCCUGCCAAAUGGAUCGUUUCUAGCCGUAACUGGCCGGAUAUCGAAGACAGACUCGGUAUCGCAGCCGAGAAAGUCACUCUCUGCCUCGAGCUCAACGAAGAUUCCAUCGCCGACGCCGUUCACGCCUACAUCCGGUAUAAAGUAGACGAACUAGCGCGACUCAAGACAUACGAUGAAGAGACUCGCCAUGCCGUUUCUCAGCACUUCACCAACAAGUCCAAUAACACGUUCCUCUGGGUGGCGUUGGUCUUCCAAGAACUGGUGGCCCCGGAUGUCCAGUCCUGGGAGGCACUCGAUAUCUUAGAGGCCCUCCCAUCUGGUCUCGAGUCCCUCUACCAACGAAUGAUGGAGCGUAUCAGCAAGUCAAGGCAUGAAUCGCUGUGCAGACAAAUACUAGCCGUUGCGUCUGUCGUAUAUCGUCCCAUCACGUUAAAGGAGAUGACCUCUACCGUUCAGUCGCUUGCCCGUUUCGCUGAUAAUCUUGCCGCCCUAGGAAAACUCGUCGCAUUCUGCGGCUCUUUUCUCACGGUGAGAAAUGACACUAUCUAUUUUUUGCAUCAAUCAGCGAAGGAUUUCUUACUAGAGAAGGCAUCGGACGAAAUCCUGCCGCACGGCAUCGCCGACCAACACUACAAUAUGUUCCGAGGCUCCCUUGAGGCUUUGUCCAGCACGCUCAGACGCGACAUCUACGACUUGCAACACCCCGGAAUUUCCAUCGACGACAUCUCUCCACCGCACCCGGAUCCUUUGGCCCCCGUGAGUUACGCAUGUAUUCACUGGGUUGAUCAUCUCCGCCGCUCAGGGCGAGUCGAAGACCAAACAGCGCAGUCUGUUUACGAGUUUCUCAAAGCAAAGUACCUGUACUGGCUAGAGUCGCUCAGCCUCCUGCGCAGUAUGUCGACAGCAGUAUUGGCGAUUCAAAAUCUUGAGCUUUUCAUGGGUAGGGUAGGUCACCGAGAACUUAUGGAGCUACUUCAUGACGCUCGCCGAUUCACUUUGUCUCAUAGAGCUAUUGCGGAGAUUGCCCCGUUGCAGCUGUACGCUUCAGCUCUCAUUUUUAGCCCUACAAAGAGCUUGUUGAGGAACAUUUUCCAGAAUGAAGCGUCACAAUUGAUCAAGAGAUUCCCAGUUACCGAUGCAGAUUGGAGCCCAUGUCUGCAGACGCUGGAGCCCCACGGCGGCCCGAUCUACUCGGUGGCCUUCUCGGCAGACGGCCAGCGGCUCGCGUCAGGGUCACAGAAUGGUACUGUCAAUGUCUGGGAUAGGCUGGGCACAUGUAUAAAGAAGCUCAAGGGCCAUAGUCACCGAGUCCGUGCUUUGGCCUUCUCGGCAGAUAGCCAACGGCUCGCGUCAGGGUCGAGCGACGGUACCAUCAACGUCUGGGAUGCGGAAGGUGUGUGCGUACAGGCACUUGACGGUCACAAAAACUCGGUCAUGUCAGUAGCUUUCUCUGCGGAUAGUCAGCGGCUCGUAUCAGGGUCGUGCGACGGUACCAUCAAGGUCUGGGACGCAUCAGGCGCGUGCAUACAGACGCUCAACGGCCACAAGGACGGCAUCGCAUCAGUAAUUUUCCUCAUGGACGGUCAGCGGGUGAUAUCACGGUCAGAAGAUAGUACCGUCAAGGUCUGGGAUGCAACAGGCGCGUGCAUACAGACACUCGAGGGCUACGAUGGCUCGACCUCGGUGGCCUUCUCAGCAGACGGCCAGUGGCAUGCGUCAGGGUCGAGUGAUGGCACCGUCAAGGUCUGGGACGCAGCGGGUGCGUGUAUUCAGACGCUCGAGGGCGAAGACGGCGACUCAUACUCGGUGGUCUUCUCAGCGGAUGGCGAGCGCCUCGCAUCUGGGUCGCGUGAUGGCAUGGUUAGGGUCUGGGACGUGUCGACGGGCGCGUGCGUUCAAACCCUUCAGGGCCACCACAUCAUUGCCAACUCGAUGGCUUUCUCAGCGGACGGCCAGCAGCUCGUAUCCGGGUCGAGUGAUGGCACCGUUAAGAUCUGGGACGUGUCGACGGGCGUGGACACACAAAAAACACCCCAGGCGCACCGCGGCGUUGUGCGGUUCUUGACCUUCUUGGGAGAUGGCGAGAGGCUUUUGUCAGGGUCAAACUACGACAAUACCAUGAAGAUCUGGAACGUGGCUACGAGCGCGCGGACGCAGACCUUUGACGGCUGUUUGGUUUGGUACAACUCUACAGCCUCCUCGGUGGAUGGCCAGUGGUUCGCAUCUGGGUUAGGCGACGAACGCACCGUCAAGGUCUGGGAGGUGGCAACAUGGACGUGUAUACAAACGCUGGAGUGCCCUGGCUUCAACUAUCCGGAAGGUGGCCCGUACAAUGGCGUCAAAUCGGUAACCUUCUCGGCGAACGGCCAGUGGCUUGCCACCGGGUCGGGCCGCUUCACCAUUAAGAUCUGGGACGUGGCAACAGGUACAUGCUUACAGACGAUCGAGACCCAAAGCUACGAGUACUCGCUAGCUUUCUCAGCGGACGGUCAGAGACUUGCAUCGGGAUCACUUAGUAUGAUCAAGAUCUGGGACGUGAUGACGGGCGAAUGCAUACAGAUGCUCGAGGGUUCUCUCGAGUUGGUCGAGGGCCCUCUCGCCAUGGUCCACAAUCUAGCCUUCUCGGCGGACGGACAGUGGCUCGCAUCGGCGUCGCGUGGGGGCAUCAGAAUCUGGGAGUUCAUGACAGGUGCUUGUGUACAGACCCUUGGUGUCCACCGAAGAAUUAAUCACCUUAGAUUUGAUGAAACAGCUAAUACGCGGCUUUCUACUAAUGUUGGUACACUGGCUCUGGAUCUAUCAUCGAUUGGCACGCAACCACUAGCGAGCUCUGUACAAGGGCCCCUUUACUACGGCUACAGCAUUGGACAGAAUGGAGCCUGGAUUAUGAAGGGUUCAGACAAGUGGCUCUGGCUUCCGACAGAGUAUCGUCCUGAUGUGAUGGAUGUCGUUGGGUCAACUGUUGCGGUUGGUUGUGCCUCAGGACGUGUGUUCACAAUCCAGUUUGUAUGUAAUGAUAGCUAACGGCAUUGCUGUAAUGAUAC